UUCGUUAGCGACCUAAAUUGAUCGUGAGAUCCGAACAAUGCAAUGUCCUAAGUGCAAAAACACAACUUCCGUAGCAGAGCAUGCCUUCUGCUUUAAAUGUGGCACAAAAUUGGAGACAAACGAAGAAACAUCGUCGCCUCCUGUUCAUAACGUGACGGAAGAUGCGAAAGAGUUAUCGCGGGAGGCACAGAAAUCCAAAGUCGACAACAAUUCAGACGCUCCACUUGACGAGGGAAAAAGAAAAAGAGAGAUUAAUACACAAGAAGAAAAACCAGCAAAACGGAAAUCUGUUGUUGAAUUAGAAAGUGAAGCUGGUGAUAUUGACACUGUAGCUUUAGAGAGCCUCACUGUGUUGGAUCAAGUGGAGGAACAGAAGGGUGUUCCUGCUCCAAAUUCUGUAAUAGCAGAUACAGAAGAAUGCUCAACCACCAAUACCAGUGCAACAGAAAGUUCCACAGGAAGUGUGCCAGAGACUACAGAUAGUUGUGAACCUACAGAUGCCACAGUUGGACCGUCGGCGAGUGAUCAAAACCAAGGAGGCGGCAGUAGCCAGUCUGGUACGAACAGUACGUCUCAGCCAUCUGAAGCUGAUGGUCAGCCCACGAAGGACGAGGACAGCAAUCAUGAAAAUGAAAGCGGUGGAGAUGAAAGUGAUACACAGUCAGAGGAAGAAGAACCAUCUCAAAACGCUCCAAAAGCAAAGCCAGGUUCAAAAAAGACUAAACGAAAGGGCAAGGCUCAAAGGGACAGGGAUAAAAAGAAAGAAAAGAAAAAGAAAAAGGAAGAGGAAGCACGCGUGAAAAUCAAACAACAAGUAGGGUCACAGCUCGACCAGGAGCUAAAGGGGCAAAAGAACGACAAGGACAGAGACUCUAAUACCUUGGGUGAUAAAGAACUUGAUAACCGCAAUGUAAGCUGCGACAGCAAGAAAGAACCAGAGGAGAAUAAAGAGUAUCUUGCCAAAUACAAAGGAAACAAAAUGACUGUUGUAUUUCAUGCCGUUCUUUCACCAAAUUUUAAAUUUGAUGCUAGUCAAGGUGACAGAAUUUUUAUGAGGUUUGGUGGAGUUCGUUAUGGAAAUUUCAAUGAGAAUGUUGCAGCAGUUCAUCCAGAAAGGUUGCUUGAAAAUGAUUUUAUCCUGGUUAAGGCACAACUAUCUGUACCAGUUGUUGACGCUAAUCGCAACAUUUCCUACAAGUAUAUUGUCUUAAAAGCAGACAGAAACGAAAAGGAAGAGCCGUAUGUUUGGGAUUACCUGUCAGGAGGAGUUUAUAAGAACCGAUGCCUUCAAAUUCCGAAGGAAAGGUGUCAGACUGAAGCCGUCUGGCACCAGUACGACGACACAAUUUUUUGUCCGCCAGGAUGGAUUCAAAGUAUCCGAAAUCUUGUGCCGUUCCUAAGAAGCACAGGUCCUUUGGAAGGCAGAAUCAUCGCAACGAAAGCGAUGUUGCCUCGUUGGGAAGGUUUCAACGAGCAUGAAGUUGACACAAAUAUGACUGCUUGGGAGGCAGUAGGGGUUGUGAAUGAUUUAGCUUACUGCAUGACACAAUCGAAGGUUGAAGACUAUGGUAUCUACACAGGAAAUGUUCCAUCAGGAUAUAACUUUAAGAGAAUUUUGAGGGACUUUUUUAUCGAGAAGACUGAAAAGAACGCUGCCUGUAAAUCAACACCAGAAGACGCGCGAAGAAUUUCUCCCUUAGUAUCAUCGGUAGCAAUUGCCUACCUUAUUUCUGUACAAAAAGUCCCUUUAGAUCCUAAGGAGUAUGAAAAGCUGUUCUCCUCUUUGACUCUUCAUGCAGACCAAAAUCAAGGAACUUGUUCAGAAUUUGACAGGCUUCUCAAACACUUUCCUAGUGAACAUUGGCAGAAUAUCGGUGAAGCCAUUCAAGGUAUUUGCAGACAUGUGAGCAAGAAUCAUCGAAAUCUCCAUGACUGGUUGUUUGCUGUACCACUGGUCCACUUUCUCACUCAAGAAUGCGCACCUUUUGACAGCUCUGUAUUGCUUACGGAAAAACCUAAGGAAAAAGAUGAAACUUGGUGGGGAGCUAAUGGAUUUGAAACAAAAGCUGUGAGAGAAAGGUCUUUUACAAGGGAGAGGUGCCCCUCGAAUUGGAUAGAUUUGCUGAGUCCUCUGUUUGCACUGGAUCCUCUGUUCAGAAGAACUUUUCUCCUCGUGGUUCCUUGUAGUGAAUUUGGGAGCGUAGCGUCCUCUGAAAUAUUUGCACCAUUUGAGAUCUGCACCACCUUAGCAAGAAUUUUGUCAGAGAAAAAAUACGUAAAUGAAGAAGAGAGGAAUGCAGUUGCGCUCAGCUUGAAAAUGAUUGAGAGGAAUGUCAAGACAGCUUCUGACAUCAAAACAAAACCAUCUACUGUCAGUGAUGACCCGGCCACGUUGAAGGAAGAAGCCAGUCUCUCUGUCUUGUCUUGCUUACAGAUUCUAGCAGCUGUAUCUUCUGCCUGUGAUUUUAAUCUGUUAUGUGACUGUUUGCGUAGCAUCGAAACCUGGGUCUCUGUAUCAUGCAGGAGACCUGAGCAGGGAGAGAACCAUAUGACAAAAGACAUCGCGCGAGUUGUGCUUGACAGUUUUGAAGUUGUAAAAAAAUGGUUGAAGAAAAAGCUUAUGAGAACGAUUCCACGGUACUAUAUAGCUGAGACAAACGAAGAGUUGGAGAUUUGGACAAAGUUGCUGUGUAUUGAGUGGGAAAACAAAGAGUGUUCAGAGAUUUGGAGAGGCCGAUUGUCUGCAGAGUUGGAGGCGCGUUUGGAACUGUGUGAUAGUAAUGAUUUGGUUGAAAUUUUAACCAAAGCUAACAUGCUAAGCCAACAUAACCGUGUUCAAGACUUGGUUUCUGAGGUAACCUUCCGGAAAGUUGAAAGUAUGCUUCAGAGAGGAAGCGAGGGGGAAGACGUUUUCAGGAACCUUUCUGAUGGGCUUCAGUCCUCUCAAGCCUCGAAAUGCGGUGAUCUCCUCACUCUGAUGCUUAAAAGGAGUUGGCCAAAGCCACAAGGAGGUGUUCCAUGCUCACCUAAAGCCACACUCAAGCACGUACUGACAUGGAAAUUAUGGCCUGGCUUUUUCCAGAGAUUUGGUGUGGAAUCCAACUGUCGAAGUGUGUUAAAAGAAGAUGGACAAGAAAUUUUGAUGUUAGCCAUCUCAUCCUUUGAAGAUGCAGUGAAUACCCUGAAAGAUGGAUCUGUAGAAUUUCAGAUGUUGGUUGUAAUUCGGGACAAUUCAGAACGAUUUGUGAAGCUUUAUGAACUGAUUAACAAAGAAGAAAGCAAGAUAUUUCUGCUAAGGCAAAUUUUGCGUCAGCGUUGUGAGGAGUUGAAAGCUUUUCAGGACGAGCGAGAUAAAGUAACUUCCUUCGUUAAGAUGUGCUCUCUUAUUAAGCAAGCUGAUGUUCAUAAAUUGUCACGGAAGGCAGUGGAGGAUGCGUCUCGUCGUCCUGUCAAAGAUCUUGUACAAUCAGUGACUGUUGGCGACAAGAAGUUGCCCUUUGUCAAGUUCUUUGGUCUUUCUUCAGAAGCCACUUCGAUGAUCACUUCUUUCACUCGGCUAGCAGACAGUGUUCUUCUAAGGCAACUUUGGGUUGAAAAUGGGCGCAAAGCACUCACAAAGAUUGGACAGAGAGGAGAACUAAAGAAGUUCCUUAGUAUUGAGGAUAUUGUGGAGUUUGUUUGGACACCUUCAAAAGAGGAGCUGCAACGUUUGAAACAAAGUUUCCUUAGUGGAGACAUUUCUUUUAAGGAGGUAGACAGGUUGCUUAAGGUAUUCAAUCAAAGGUAUAGAGAUCUUGGCAAAGAAAUGAGACUCAUUACCUCAAGUCAUAAUGGGGCCCAAGUUCAUGCUCUCGAUGAAGUAAUCAACCAGCACAUUGAGAAGAUACAGAAGUACAACAAGUUGCAUAAUUGCAUCAAGGCUGCUGAGAUUAUCCUAAAUUUUAAGAACGCUCUUGGCCUUAAUGGUGAUUUUCGAGACGUGGAAGAUCUGUACAACCAGAUGAACGAUGAAUUUAAACAGCGCCCAUUGAAAAGCAUGAGCAAAGAGUUAGAGAAGACUGGCAAGCUACUAUCUGGAAUAACUUGUGAGCGUGCACGUUGUCUCGAUGUUGUGUCCAAAUGUCAACCCUUCAUUUCAUGGCUGAAGGAUACUAUCAAAGGGCCUCAAGAACUUAAGGUGCUCGUGGAUUUGGCAAUUAUUUCAGCUGGGGAGACAGACAUGGAAACUGCCCGAAUAACAUGUUUACACGCCAGUUGUCUUGGAUUUGCUCCCCUUAUUUUUGACUUGGAAAAUUCGGUUGGCUUUAGUCGCUUGAUGAGGAUUUGUGAGCCAGUGUGGAAUGCAGUGGAUGCUGACCCUAAGCUCCCUGAAAAACUGCUAGAAAGCAGCCGUCAGAUUGAGUGGAUUAAAAGUGUCAAAAAGUCUCAUGGGUCUGUGGCUAUGUCUUCCUUAAUGGAAGCUGAGAAAAUAAAUGCACAGGGCGUAUACUGCGUAGGAUGUCAAGAUGGAGAUGCCUCAGCAUUACCAGCAAUGGAACAACUGACACCUGACAAAGUAAUUCAACUUCAGAUGCCUGCUGAAGAUAGCGUUGACCGUAAGAUUUACAGUCUGAACGAUUUAAAGGAUUUGCAGAGCAAACUGAUGCUUAUUGCAGCGAAAGCGUCACAAGGGAAAGAAGAAGUAGACAGAUUUUUGGAUAUUCUACAAUGUGUUCAUCGUCUUGCCUCAGUAUACAUUUCUCUUUGCAAAGCUGGAGAAGUAAGUCAUCUCAAGUGGCAACGUAAAUUUGAUUGUUCGCCAAAACUUUCUAAUAGCCGCUCUCUUACAAAUGAUCUGAUGGAUGAGAGUAAACUCAUGGAACAGAGUCUUCGAGACUGGAAACAAGAAUUGCAUGCCAAGCGAUUGCUUUAUGGAGAAUUAAAUCACUUCACCACGUGCCAGUUGCUCUUUCUUCGAAACAAAUUGGCAGAAGUAAAGGGAAGAGGUCCCAAAGCUGUUGAUGGAAUUCCUCUUGAGGUGUAUAACCUUUUGGAGAGUGUGUUACCUGGCAUCGACCCUUCCAUUUUAAAGUCUACCCUUUUAUUUUGUGGCAUUUGUGCUGAAGAAAGUGGACAACAGAUGCUCAGAUCGUAUGGUGCAAGCAGCAUAAGUCGCUAUCGUGAUAAAAAAAUGGAAAGACCCCUUAUGGUGAAGACAGUUCUUUCUUCAAACCAAGAAAUGUUCCAGUCACUUGUGGUUAAGCUAGAGUCGCUUGGUUAUUCUGAAGAAGUUGCCUUGGCCGCGAUGGUCUCAUGCAAAGAUGCCAGUGAGGCAGAUCUCAUCGUUUGGUGUGUGAAAAACGGUGCAAAAAAAGAUCUCAUCGCGACUAAGUACUCUGAGGCCUUGAGUGAUCCAAGUUAUUUGCGACUUAUAGAAAGAGAAAGCACUACAUUCUCUGAGCUCGAAAGCCAACAAGAAAAGGAAAUGACAUCGGAAGCAGAAGAUUUUUCAGAACCCAUGGAAGCUAGUAACACUCUUGAUCAAACAGCAGGAGGAACGUUUUUGAGUCUUGAUGAAUUGGGGAAGCUUUUGCUUCAUCUAGCAUCCCAAGGAUCAAAAAGGGAAAGGAGGUGUAUUCCAAGAUACCUAAAACGUGGAAAGCCAAAUUUUGUUGUCGUUCCAAAAGAUGAUGUUUUGGGAACUUUACUGUCUUUAUACAUGCAUGACAGUUCGCAGUCUCUACCAACAACAGAGGAAGUUUUGAUCUGCUCUUCCGAUACAACUGCAGAAGAGAUUGAACUACUGUGGCGUAGAUCCCUUGCAGACCACAAUGGCAGGUUGUUUUGUUUGGUAAAUGUUGACCUUCUUGACUACGGUGUUUCUCAACAAGCUUCUGAUGUUCUAGAAGUUCUAUUGCAUGAGCCUCAAUACAGUCGAAAUGAAGGCCUGUCUCUUAUGGUUAUCUGUAGCUCCGAAAAUGAAAACAGAGCUCACAUGGCUGCAGCUCUAGAUCAGUAUAGGCUUGGAACUAUUCCUCACUGUUGCUCAUCAAGAGAGAUCAGGCAGUACCUGAAAUUACAGCUUAAGCCACGCUCUCAACAACGGGCAACUUUCAGAAAUCAAGUCUUGCCUUGGAUUCCUGCAGCUGCAUUGGACAGAGAAGAACUUGCUGUUAGAGUUAUUUCAUCUGAAAGAGCUGGAUCUGGGAAAAGUUUGGCAGUCUGUCGACUCAGUCAGCGCCUUAGUGAACUUCGAAACAAUGAUGCAGUAAUGGAUUACCUAAAGGACAUGAGUACAGAUGUGCCACUUUGCAUCAGUGUACCGAUCUAUGGACCAAUCGUUCACCAACGUGUUGUGGUCGAGUCUUUAUUGCCUCACACUAUUGUUCCAGAUUUGCCCCUUUCCCGGAUUUUCCAUUUUGAUGUACAUCCUUCGGUAAGAGGUGGUCUGGACACGCUUCUCUUCAACCUCCUAAUCCUUGGUGCCUUGAAGAAUAGUAGUGGUCAGAUCUGGAGGCGGCGAUCCUCAGAUCUUUAUGUCAUUGAAAUUACUUCAGGCGUAUCUCUGAAUGUAUGCGAAACAGUGGAGAGACGACAAACGUCUACUAAGCUCUCCAAGAAAGACACGGCGGAGCCCUUUUACAGGCUUCUUCCUACGAUCCAGUGUGGAACACCGAUGCAAACAUUACAUCAGCUGAGAACUAAUCUAGCAGCUGACAGCAGUUUGAACCCUUUGUUUGACAACGCUGAAUUCAAAAGCUCCUAUGUUCAGCGGGCCUUUCAGUACCUUAAGCUGUAUGAAGCGGGCGGCCAGACUCUUGAUCAUUUUUGGUUUGUACCCAGCCAAGUUAUGGGUGACCAUACAGAGUGUAUUGAUAUACUCACCAGACAUUGUGGUAUCGAGAACCCUUCAUGGGCCGAGAUACGGCACUUUGUGAAUUUUCUCGACUCCCAACUACAAGCCUGCGAAGAAAGUUCGUUCUGCAACAUGGAAUUGGUGGGGGACACUCUUGAGGGUUUUAGAAGUUUUGUGGUUCGUUUUAUGAUCUUAAUGUCACGGGAUUUUGCCACACCAUCUCUGAAAACAUGUGAAGAAACCACUCAAACUCCAGGCCUUGAUGACGAUACUGUUGUUGAAGAUAUGGAACCUGCAGCAGUUGAAGUCUCACAGUUUAGUCUAAGGAGACACUGGGAGACUAGUUCGCAUCCCUACAUAUUCUUCAACCAAGAUCGUAUUACAAUGACGUUUGUUGGCUUUCACAUUGACCCAAAUGGGAACUUAAUCGAUCCGUACCGUCAAGUUACCAUUCAGCCAAACUUGAUGUCCAGGCACUUGCGUACCGGCCUUCACGUUCAAAGGGUUGACAUGCAAACUAACUAUGAAUCUUGGAGCAAGGGACAGAAAAUCGAAAAACUUUGCGGAGUAAUGGGUGUCGAAUGGCCUUGUGAUCCAGAUGACUCGUACGAGCUCACCACAGACAACUUGAAGAAAAUCUUAGCUAUUCACAUGCGUUUUAGGUGUGGCAUCCCUGUGGUCAUCAUGGGUGAGACUGGCUGUGGUAAAACAUGCCUUAUUCGAUACAUGUGUGGCUUACAGUCUGGGCCUGGUGGACCUAAAAACAUGCUUCUAAUGAAGGUUCAUGGAGGUACUACCUACAAAGACAUAGAGAAGAAAGUGGAGGAGGCUGAGGCAAUGGCUAUUGUGAACGAAACGUUGAAUAUCGAUACGGUGUUAUUCUUUGACGAAGCUAACACAACUGAUGCUUUGGGAAUGAUCAAAGAGGUUAUGGUCGAUCGCCGAGUCAAUGGCAGAAAGAUAGGAGUAGGGCUUAAAAGAUUACAGUUCAUAGCAGCGUGCAAUCCUUACAGAAAACAUACAAAUGAAAUGAUUCAUAAGUUGGAGUCAGCUGGCCUGGGGUACCAUGUCACCACGCAACAGACACAGGAUCGCCUUGGUCACAUUCCUCUUCGGCAUCUGGUGUACAGAGUGCAUGCACUACCAGAAAGCAUGCGUCCGUUGGUAUGGGACUUUGGUCAGCUUAAGCCUGAAAUUGAGGAGCUUUACAUUCGUCAAAUCGUCACCAGAUUUGUUUUGCAAGAAGAGAAAAUUCCAGGAGAUGCCUCGCUCGUGAAAGCCUUGACAACCAUACUUACUGCUUCUCAGCGCUACAUGAGGGACCAAACGGAUGAGUGCAGCUUUGUGAGUCUUCGCGAUGUUGAACGUGCAAUGAAUGUGAUGGUUUGGUUUUACAAUCACCGUAAUGCUCUCAAUCCAUUAAUGGAUGAUGACACCGAUGAAGACAGUGAUGACGACGAUGACGACAGCGAUGUCGAGUAUGACGAGGAUGAAUUGGAUCAGCCCCUUGAUGAUGUUACUCGAGCAGUUGUGCUCUCCCUUGGGGUUUGUUAUCACGCACGCCUUCAGGAUAGAAAGCCAUAUCGUCAAGCCGUCGCUCAAAGCUUUGCAAACCCCUGUCAAUUGCCCGGCGGACAAGAACGUAUUCUGAAGGAAAUCACAAGCUGUCAGAAGGCAGUGUUGAAUGAACUGGAACUUGGGGAUAACAUUGCUCGCAAUACAGCAUUGAGCGAAAAUGUGUUCAUGAUGGUGGUAUGUAUUGAGCUGAGGAUUCCACUGUUUGUCGUCGGUAAACCGGGUAGCUCCAAGUCACUUGCCAAGACUGUUGUAACUGACAACAUGCUUGGAGAUGCCUCAAGGUCUGAUCUCUUCAAGACGUUCAAGCAGGUCCAGAUGAUUUCUUAUCAGUGCAGUCCGCUCUCAACUGCUGAAGGGAUCAUGGCAACCUUUCGCAAUUGCAGUAACUUACAGAAAGCCAACAACCCAGACAAGUAUGUAUCAGUUGUGGUCUUGGACGAGGUUGGCCUUGCUGAAGACUCACCUUUGAUGCCCCUGAAAACUCUUCAUCCGCUACUUGAAGAUGGGGUGAACUCAACCGAUGACAUCAUUGCCAAUGAAGAGCAACUUCCAGAAAGAGUGGCGUUCAUUGGGAUCUCUAACUGGGCUCUAGACCCCGCCAAAAUGAACCGUGGAAUUAUGUUAUCACGUGGUCUGCCUGAUUCUGAAGAACUUGUCGAAAGUGCAAUGGGCAUUUGUUCCACCAAUAAACGCAUACAAAGCUUUGUUGCACCACUAAUGAAUCCCCUGGCACUCGGUUACAAAAAAUUGUACGAUAAUCAAAGAGAGUCUGAGACCCUCCAGGAGUCCAAAAAAGAUGAAUUUUUUGGCCUUCGGGAUUUUUACAGCCUUGUGAAAAUGGUGUACAAAAUUGCUGAGGAGCAAGGUCGCGAGCCACGUUGGCCUGAGGUAGAACAUGCCAUAAGAAGAAACUUUGGGGGACUGGAUGAGAUUGAACCUGUGGAAAUUUUCAAACAAUUCGCUUUCGGUGGAAGCCGCAUGAUGGAGCAAAAUGAAGAUCCGUUGUCUGCUGUGAAUCUGAUCAAGGCCAGCCUUAAAGAUCAAAAGAAAACGAAAGGAGAGAGUCGAUACCUACUGGUAUUGACAGAGAAUUAUGCCGCUCUGCCGAUUGUUUUGAAAGAGUUACUUCGAACCGGUGAUGAAACUCGACCUGGUGACGAACCUGUCGUAAUUUUUGGGAGCAGCUUUCCGAAAGAUCAGGAGUACACACAGGUUUGCCGAGACAUUAAUCGAAUUAAGGUAUGCAUGGAGACAGGACGGACUGUAAUCCUUCUGAAUUUAGAGAGCCUCUACGAGAGUCUCUACGAUGCUUUGAAUCAGUACUAUGUGUAUUGUGGAGAUCAGAAAUUUGUUGACCUUGGGCUAGGAAGUCACCGCGUCAAGUGCCGUGUACACAAUGAUUUCAGACUCGUUGUGAUUGCCGAAAAAGACGUCGUUUACAGUAAGUUUCCAAUACCCCUCAUCAAUCGCCUGGAGAAACAUUAUCUUGUGACGUCAGCCAGUCUCAGUCCUGCGCAAAAAGUUGUUGUAGAUCAACUCAAUGAUUGGGUCAACGGAUUUUCCCACGUCAACAUUCCGCGACAUCAACAGAUGAGGAAAUAUUUACCUGGUGAUGCAUUUGUCGGUUACCACGACGAUACUGCAGCAUCAGUAGUGCUACAAGUAUGCAGUGACUUAGACGAGGAUGAACUGUACAGUCGUUUCAACGACAAGAAUUUUUCGGAAAGGGUCCUGAAGGAAUCCCAGGAAUUGCUGUUGCAGUGCGCCACACCUGAUGCUGUGGCAAGGUUGGUUCAUACAAAGCUUGCUACACAGGCAGACCAACUAUGGGAGAUUUACUUUACAGGCCAGGAACAUUCAAGUUUAACAGCUUUCCUUCGAAAUGUGUUAACGACAGAAGAAACGAAAUUGGGCCAGCCCGAGGGAACUUUGAUUCAGGUGACGACUCAUGCUAGGUUGCUGUCGUCGAAUGAUUUGAAAGAUAUUUCAUCUGCUACCUCUUUGCCAUUGUCAAACGUCUCAUGUCUAAGUCUGCAGCAGUUCCACACAGAGCAACAGUUCUGCUCAUCUGUAAGGGACUUUUUUGCGAAACUUGGUGGAAGAGAGGGAUUGCUCAUGGUCCAGUGUGAUGCUGGAGAUCGUAAUAGCAAACUGAUCCCCUGUGCUCGUCACUUGCUAGUGGAACAAAGAACCACAGCAGAGCAAGAUUUUCUAGAAAGCGUUGGGUGUGCUCCCUCGUCAUUCGUGCAUAUUGUUCUCAUCAUUCAACUGCCUCGUCUUGUUGGAGGUUGUCCAACUUUUGCUGGUUUUCAAGGAGGACGCUGGAUAUCUGUCCACAUCGAUGAACUUCGCCCACCGACAGGUCAAAUACCAGCCAUCCAGUUUAUGGUGGACCGGUCAAUCAGUAACUUGUUUGACGUAGCACCGACCAUCACACGGGCUGAUGAUAUGGAAGUUGAAGAGGAAGAGGAAACAGAGGCUGAUAUCGACAUGGAGGCGUCGAAUGAUGUUUCCGGGACUGAUGCCAUUUUGGAUAAAGUAGAUAUUGUCAGUCUUGUGAGAAGCUGUAUUCAAGCUGCCGUUGCAAGACUUGACGAAGAGUCCUGGCGUCCGUCACGAUCGACACGCCGGAUUGAACUGAUGUUAAGUCUUCUUCCGGACUGCAGAUCUAGUGGGACUGAUUUGUCAUUUGCUACGGUUUUGUCUCGGCGAAUCCACAAACUACUUCAAGAAAAGGAUGAACGGGCUGGGUUGAAAGCCACUGACUGGUUACGCUCAGAAGCUUUGAGUGGUACCGGGAUCCAAGAAAAUGGAACAUUCAGAAAAGCACUGUGGCAGAAAGUAUAUACGUCAGUAAUACCAAUUCUCUCUGAAGUUAUUGCCCUUGUGGACCGCGAUUCUAACUUGGAACUUGUGACGGGUGAAGGUACCUGGUUGUCACGCCUUUGGAUAUCACUUUUCCAAAGCCAAGAUAUAGUUGAACUUCAGUACGAUAGCUUUCUGUCCCUUGAGAGUGGCAUCAUAAGGGAGCGCGUGUCAGUAAUGACUUCUGCGUGUGAAAGACAAAAUUUUGACCUGCAGUUUCCUUUCUCAUGGCUGAUCAAAGAGAGAAUUGAUGCUAUGUGGAAAGAGGCCUGUAGUAUUGCUGCGAGAACAAACACCCCAGUUCAGCGGUGUUUGUGCGACCUAGUGACUACUUCGGAAAUCGGACGACUGCUCGAAGAAACUGAAUAUGAAGGCUACGAGGAAGCCGCAGUGAUGCGCUACCUUCACGACUUCGUUCACAUGGUCCACAAACCAACAGUUCCUGGAGAGGAAGAGCUGAUUAGUCAAGCUAUUGUCACAGCCGCUCGCAAGUUGCAUGAUGAGACAUGUUCGGAUGAGGAAUUCACCCUCACCAUCUCUUUCAUCCACGUGGCUUAUGAUCGCAUCGAGAAACGUUUGACGAACUUCUGCCAACUAGUACAGGCUCAACCAGAUAUUGUCACCAGCCUUCGGGAAGUUAUUCCUCCAAGCGAAACGGAGAUGGUCCUGGAUGCCGUCGCCCUAGAGAUUUGCUUGUCCAAACUUGAACCUGGUGCUGAAGAGUUUGACGAUCCACAGACUCGCUUAGUGUGGUGUAACAGAGUGUUGAGUAUCAGAACAAGUGCUGAGAACAUGAUCAGUAAUCUUUCACAGUAUGGCCGUAAAGUAAACCACAUUCUACUUAAUUGCAGGUCAACUUGGCAGAGAGUAAGUGCUGUGCGAUUGUUUAUUGAACAUACCUGCCCUGGCACAGUUGCAUGCCACCCAGCAGAUGUGAGGAAUGUUUUUAAACUGUGGAAGGCGUUGGGUGAUGAGACAGACUUUACAAAGCCGCAAACAAUGCGAGUUAUUGAAAAGUUUCUUGUGGAUUGCAGCGAAGCUGUUAGUAAACGUUAUACCAGUUAUGGUGUGAACACCUGUCCUGUGUGUCUGGAUGGUCUGGCUCAGAAGGAUCCUGUCAAAAUGCCUUGUGGUCACGUAAUUUGCCUUGCUUGCAUCACUAGCUGGAUUGAAAGGGAGAGAAAAUGUCCGUGCUGCAAGAGAGACGUACCGGAUGAUUUUAAGAUCUUACCCACCAAACUUGUAAGGAAAGCUGUUCGAGAACACUUCGAUUUCCGUCGUCGGUGCAACUCCUUCUUCAUGGAGCUUGUCUCAUUGUUCUGUUUUGGCACAAAGGACGAUGAAGGUGCUAUGGAUCCUGAACUGUUUAAAAUGUUCAUGAGCUAUGUGAUAGAAGCCAGUUCAAAGACUAAGGAUUUUUCUCCUUUUCCGGAACAUGGCAUUGAUGCAACACCUGUAGUUAGAUCGUUUCUGCUACAACAACUCCUGAGAGCAGG